AGGACUGACUAUAAUAACUGGAGAGAUUCUAAGAAAGGACGAAGUAUGUGUUUGCGUGAGGCAGAGAGAAGGGGUGGGGGUAUUUGCAUUUAUUGUAAGGGUGCAGGUAUAAAGAAGAGCACAGGGCACACCCAACUCUCUCGACUUCUAAUAACUGUGUAAUAACGGCCCUCGCAGCGCGUGGAGCUGCUGUAGCGGGUCUGUGAGGGACUUUGAGCUUCUCGCUGUGUGUGUCCAGCUCCAGCCCUCUGCUCUCCUCCCAUUGCUAUGGUCGUCCACAUGCGCGGUUGCAAUUUCAGCACCACAGACAGUUCCCUCUCCAGCUCCAGCCUCAGCACCGACGCCACCCUGCGGGACACCCCGGCGUCCCACAGCCCCGGCGGGCUGAGCCGGACUGGCCACACAGUGGUGGCAGUAUGCCUCGGCUUCAUUCUAGUCGCGGGAAUCCUCAACAACUUCCUCACUCUGCUCGUGUUCGCCAAGUUUCGCUCUCUCUGGACGCCCAUCAAUCUCAUCCUGUUGAACAUCAGCCUGAGCGACAUCCUCGUUUGCGUUUUCGGGACACCCUUCAGUUUUGCUGCGAGUCUGCACGGGAGGUGGCUCAUUGGAGAGUACGGCUGCAAGUGGUACGGGUUCGCCAACUCCCUCUUCGGGAUUGUGUCCCUGGUGUCCCUGUCUGUUCUCUCCUAUGAGCGCUACACCACUGUGCUGCGUUCCUCCCAGGUUGACAUCUCCAACUUCAGGAAGGCCUGGCUCUGUGUCGGAGGCUCCUGGCUAUACUCUCUCCUCUGGACAUUGCCACCCUUCCUGGGGUGGAGCAGUUAUGGGCCCGAGGGACCCGGGACCACAUGCUCUGUGCAGUGGCACCUCCGCUCGCCCACCAGCAUCUCUUAUGUGUUGUGUCUCUUCAUCUUCUGCCUGCUGCUGCCCCUUCUACUCAUGGUCUACUCUUAUGGCCGAAUCUUGAUUGCAAUCAGGAGGGUGGGUAAGAUCAAUCUGAUGGCAGCUCAGCGCAGAGAGCAGCACAUUCUGGUGAUGGUGCUAUCCAUGGUGUCCUGCUACAUGCUGUGCUGGAUGCCCUACGGCAUCAUGGCCCUGAUAGCUACCUUCGGUAAGCUGGGACUGGUCACUCCCAUGGCUAGUGUGGUGCCCUCAGUCCUAGCCAAGUUCAGCACUGUCAUCAACCCAGUCAUCUACAUGUUCUUCAACAACCAGUUUUAUAGGUGCUUUGUGGCCUUGAUGAAGUGCAACGGAGAACCCCAGUCUGUUCAAAGAGGGGUGCACCCAACACCCAGGACACAGCUUUCAGGCUUCUUCCCCAUUCAUAGACAAGCCUCUCUGAGCUCUGCACAACCUCAAAUCCACAGCAGCUCCAGAAACGCUGCCCUCUGCAGCCGCCACAAUGACCACCACACACUUGUUGUCCACUACACUCCAUAAAUGUUUUUUUCAUCUUUUUCAUCUGACAGACUGUGAAAGUUAAAAAAAAUAUUUGUUUGUUUUUUUUCUGAAUUAUUGUCCAGAGUCCAAAGUGCAACUAAAAGACACAACUGCCCUCUCUCAACACCUUGCCUUUGAUUUUACAUAUGAAGAUGAAUGUUACUGUCAACUAUUUAACAUUUAAAUGUAAACUCGUUGCCAUGCAGUUCAGCCUCUGCUUUAAUGCAUAUUUAAGUUGAUCAUCUGUUGAUCUUCCAUAUAUGCAUAUAACUAUGUAUAGUAUCUGUUCUGAAUGAAAGCUCUGGAAAUGCAUUAUGUUAGUUUUCUCUCUCGCAUGUACAUGCAGAUAUACUGUAAAUCAAAGAUCAAUGAAUGUCUUUCAUGGUUUACAUGAAAAUAAACUCCACCCCCUCCUAUCAGUUAGACAUACAGUAUUUAGGUGUCUUUGAUUUUGAAGCAUCAUCCUUGUCUCUCAGUUCUUUUCCUUUUCCACAAUAAACAGCCACCACAAUUACUACAACAUAGUACUGUGUAAUAUGCCACUUAAUGGACAGAAUUUAACAUAUAGAGAUCCUGGUUCAAC